UCCAUUGGUGCUCGUACGUCGCAGCUUGAUUGAUUUUCGAGGGAAUUUUCUGUGUAGGUUGGCAAGCAGUUCUUUGAGUGUUUUCUUUGGUUACAGUGAAAGAUGGCGUCUGCUAUUCAUUUCAAGAUGAAGUCAGAAAAAGACUUUUCGACGCUGUCUUUUGAAGGCGAUUUCUUAAAAGUUUCGGACUUGAAACUUUUGGUAGUGGAAAAGCGAAAGUUAAAUUAUGGGGACGGUUUUGACUUGGUUAUAACCGAUGCCCAAACCAACGAAGAAUAUACGGACGAGUCUACACUGAUUCCAAAGAACACUUCAGUGGUGAUAAAGAGGGUACCCGGGCAAAAACCGGGAGGUAUCCUUUCGCAGCAGACGUUGGCACGAAGAAACGAAAGAUAUGCGGAGAAAGAUUUGGUGAAAAACAGUGGUGCAGAUAGUUCGUUGGGAGACAAAGCCAAGCGUGCUGCGGUAACUGGUAAGGAGCAACCAAGAGAAGUGGAAGGAGAGGGAGAGGAUGAACGAAUUAGUUCCGUUGUCGACUCCAGUAGCGUUACAUUUACUCAACGACCGCGGUUUAAUCAACAUAAUCCCGUGUUUGACCGACCUCCUCCCCCUAAUUACCGUUGUCAUCGUUGUGGGAAACCUGGACAUUGGAUUCACCACUGUCCAACUAAUGGAGAUCCUAAUUUUGAUAUUGUGAGGGUUCGUCGACCUACUGGUAUUCCCCGCAGUAUGCUUCAAAGCGUCGAAGCUCCUAUUCGAGGAACGGGUUUAAGAACUCCUGGAGGAGAAUUUGUGACAUUAAAACCGAACCAAGAUGAAUUUAGUCGGAGGACAGCUGCGUUACGAAGAAUGGUGGAACAGAGACAAGGUGCAAGUGGUUCAGAUUCAGAAGCAGGUAAUAUAGAUAACGGGACGUCGACUUUGUUGACGAAAGACAGUAUUAAUAAUGAAAGAGCAUUUGUUGAGACACAGAAAGAGUUGAACAAUGAUCAAGUACCUGAAGACGUGAUAAGAAAUGAGUUUGAUGAGAAUAAAUCCAAUUAUCAAGAACAGGAAUAUAGUGUUUAUGAUCAAGUUGGUGAUUCAUUGAAUGCAGUUUCAAAGGAAAUGAAACCAAAUUUGGACUCAUCACAAGAUAUGGUCAAUUCCGUUGACUCCAAUAUAGGUUCACGCAGAAGAGAAGAUAUUGACUCUAAAGAGAUAUUAUCCCCAUACCAUGCAGUAGACAUAUCUAAUAACAAUGACAACUUUUUCUCAUCAAAAGAUAAACUAAAUUUGUCGAAGAAAGAGACUCAUCAAGAUGAUUCAAGUCAUGAUAAGGAACUCAUAUCGCAAGGUAAUACUUCAUCGUGUAUAUCGGAACCUAAGGAGAAUAGCAAGCAUUCUUGGAGAGCUGUGGGUCGCAAGCAUAGCUCUGAGUGGUCAGAAUCUUCGAACAACCUAUCUGCUUUGUACCCAAUGGGCAAUCCAACAUAUUAUCCAGAGAAUAUGCCAGUCGCUUCUUUUCCGAUAAGUUAUCCUAACAUGACACCAGCACUAUGGCCUUUUCCAUUGUUUCCAUUUCAUUCUUUUAGGCAUUCGUUUGCUCCGAUAAAUGACAACAAUAAUGUAUCUUUGAAAGAUGCAGAAGAUGACCAUUUUUCUCACGUCACUCCGCCCAACUCAGUAAAGGAAUCCAAAAUGAAUGAAAACUCGAAAACUUCCAUGAAGAGAAGACAUUGGGGAGAUGAUAGAGAAAGGAAUCAUUCUUCUUCGGAACCAAAGUCUGAUUCCUAUCAACGAUAUCAUAAGCGAAGUAGACCAAAGCAAAAAAGAUGAAAGCGAUCUCGAUUGAAAGAUACUGAAAAGGCUGGUACGUUUACUAAGAUGUGAAAAUUUGUUAUAGUCAAAUUG